UCUCACAGAAAAAGAAGCCCUAGUUCUCGACUGUCUGGUGGGUAUAUAUAGGCCGUGGAACCCUCACUGCCUCUCCCUCUCCGCAUUUCGCUUCUCUUGCUCCGAGUUGCAAGCGAAGUCUCGCUAUUUCCCUGGUCUAGUAUCUGUCUACCAGCUUGUAGAAAUUCACUAUGGGUAAGGAGAAGGUUCACAUUAACAUUGUGGUCAUUGGCCAUGUCGACUCUGGGAAGUCAACCACCACUGGUCACUUGAUCUACAAGCUUGGUGGUAUUGACAAACGUGUCAUUGAAAGGUUUGAGAAGGAGGCUGCUGAGAUGAACAAGAGGUCAUUCAAGUACGCCUGGGUGCUGGACAAGCUGAAGGCUGAGCGUGAGCGUGGUAUCACAAUUGAUAUUGCCUUGUGGAAGUUUGAGACCACCAAGUACUACUGCACUGUCAUUGAUGCUCCUGGACAUCGUGACUUUAUCAAGAACAUGAUUACGGGAACCUCACAGGCUGACUGUGCUGUUCUCAUCAUUGAUUCCACGACUGGUGGUUUUGAAGCUGGUAUCUCUAAGGAUGGUCAGACCCGUGAGCAUGCAUUGCUUGCCUUCACUCUUGGUGUCAAGCAAAUGAUCUGUUGCUGCAACAAGAUGGAUGCCACCACACCAAAAUACUCUAAGGCAAGGUAUGAUGAAAUUGUGAAGGAAGUUUCUUCAUACCUCAAGAAGGUUGGAUACAAUCCUGAGAAGAUACCAUUUGUCCCCAUUUCCGGUUUUGAGGGAGACAACAUGAUUGAGAGAUCCACCAACCUGGAUUGGUACAAGGGCCCAACUCUCCUUGAGGCUCUCGACAUGAUCCAGGAGCCCAAGAGGCCCUCAGACAAGCCUCUGCGUCUCCCACUUCAGGAUGUGUACAAGAUCGGUGGUAUUGGUACUGUCCCUGUUGGUCGUGUUGAGACUGGUAUCCUCAAGCCUGGUAUGGUUGUGACCUUCGGUCCCUCUGGUUUGACCACUGAAGUUAAGUCAGUUGAGAUGCACCACGAAGCCAUGCAAGAGGCUCUUCCUGGUGACAAUGUUGGGUUCAACGUGAAGAACGUCGCUGUUAAGGAUCUCAAGCGUGGUUAUGUUGCCUCUAACUCUAAAGAUGAUCCUGCCAAGGAAGCUGCCAACUUCACCUCCCAGGUCAUCAUCAUGAAUCACCCUGGUCAGAUUGGAAAUGGAUAUGCCCCGGUGCUUGAUUGUCACACUUCCCACAUUGCUGUUAAGUUUGCUGAACUUGUGACCAAGAUUGACAGGCGGUCUGGUAAGGAGCUUGAGAAGGAGCCCAAGUUCUUGAAGAAUGGAGAUGCUGGUCUUGUUAAGAUGGUUCCCACCAAGCCCAUGGUGGUGGAGACUUUCUCCGAGUACCCACCUCUUGGUCGUUUUGCUGUUCGUGACAUGCGUCAGACAGUUGCUGUUGGUGUGAUCAAGAAUGUGGAGAAGAAAGACCCAAGUGGUGCCAAGGUCACCAAGGCUGCAGCAAAGAAGGGUGCCAAGUGAAUGGUGAAGGUUCUGGGAUCUGGUUCUGGUGCAAGGGAACUUUGUCUUAAUAAAAUUUGUCAUGAGAACUUUCUUUACAUCAUUAGUACUUUAUUAGGUUGGUUAUUUUACUUGUGCCGUUUGAUACCGUCUUUAUCGGGUGAUCAAUCUCAGAGUUGGGUACUCGAUAGGCGGUGGCAGAAUUUACGGCCUGGAGUAUUGUGUUGAAUUUUCUUCUUGUUUUCAUGUACUAUGUGUUUUGAGGUGCUCCAGUUUGUACUGGGCGGCUCGAGAGUUUUGUGGUGUUUCCUUGCGAGUAAUUAUAAUUGUAGUGAACUUGCGUAACCUCCAAGGUUUUGUCACCACUGCUGCUUUUUCUUGUACUUUGAACGAGGG